GUAUAAUGUCUGGAAACCAUUACACUGGUGUCAAAUCAGUGGAUGAGGAAGUUGAAGAAGUUACUGAAAACGUUAAGAUUUCAUGGACGCCAUUUUUAAGACAGUUAUUCGUGGUCGGUGGAGUAUGGACAAUAUAUUUCGUGCUUGGUUUAUGUUAUGGAGCUCCCAACGUCAUCAUACCACAAAUACGGAGGGAUGUGAACUCUACUGAAGCUGUCAGUGAAGAUAUGGCUUCCUGGUUAUCAUCAAUCCACGGUUACGCAGCGUUGCCAUGGAUACUCAUACUACCGAUACUCUCGCGGAGGUUCGGAAGAAAAGUACCGUUCGUUAUAUUGUGUAUCAACACACUAAUUGGAUACGUCGUGUUUUAUUUCAGCACUUCAACUAUUAUACUAUUAAUUAGUGAAAUAAUGCAAGGCAUGCUUAUCAGCAGCAAUAUGACACUGUUGAUACUUGUUGUCACCGAAUACACUUCGCCGCGAUACCGAGGCAUCUUUAUGACGGUUAAAUCAACUAUCUUCUUUUGGGGAGUGUGGAUUGCCAAUGCUACUGGCACCUUCAGCCAUUGGAAGAAUAUUGCUAUCAUAGCCUUCGUUUGUGCUACAUUAUCCUUGACUUCUUUCUUCUGGCCUGAAUCUCCAUCCUGGUUGGCAAUGAAUGGUCGUUUCGAAGAAUGCGCAGAAUCCCAUCAUUGGUUGAAAGGCUAUGACAAAGAUUCUGAAAAAGAACUAGAAAAUUUAAUACAAUCACAAAAAGAAUACAUAGCUCGUUGUAAAAAGAAAGAAGUAUCGUCGAAGCGGCUUAAAAAUAUCAUAGAAACGAUAUCGACAAAGGCAUUUUACAAGCCCCUUUUGUUGUCAAUGACAGUCAUGUCGCUAUAUAAUUUCUCUGGAAAGUUUGUUUGUAGCAUGUAUUCUAUCGAGUUAAUUAAGAAAAUAACUAAAAGCGAGUCCACAGCAUAUACAGGCAUGCUUAUUUUAGAAGCCGUCACUAUAUUUAGUAUGCAAAUUGGUUGUGUUCUGUCAAAGUACCUUAAAAGAAGAACGUUAUUACUAUCUUCAUCGUCAAUUGGUAUUAUGUUUUUGUUUAUAAUUUCACUAUAUUUAUACCUCAUAAAAUUAUGUAUAGUGUCGGAAAAUAAGAUUGUAUCGUUGUUCUUGUUAACUUCAUUUUCUAUGACGAUAAGUUGUGGGCCAAUGAUAUUGGCUUGUUCUGUGUAUGGAGAAUUAACACCUCUGAGGUAUCGAAGUUCAUCCCUGCCAACUCUAGCUAUAUUCUCAGAAAUAUUAAUGGCUUCUAUAUUAAAAGUGUCACCGUAUAUUUUUAAGUAUUUUGAAUUACAUGGUGCAUUCCUCUUUUAUGGAGUUACUGCGUCUGUUUUUGCAUUUUUAUUGUAUAAGUAUUUACCAGAGAGCAAAGACAAGACUUUGCAGGAAAUUGAAUGUUACUUCUUAGAAUCUAAAAAGUCUGAAGAAGUUUCAGAAGAAUUAGUGGAGGAGAGAGAGAAAAGAUGAUAUUGUGAUGAAAUUGUUUACAUAUCUAUUAAAAUUAUUUUUAAAAA